AUGGUUGCCUUUGCCUCGGCUAAGUUCAGGCGCGUGUUCGCGGCGUUCGACCAGGACGGUGAUGGCAAGAUCUCCGAGGCUGAGCUUUGCCUCUUCAUGAAGGCGGCACUUGGCGGCGACGUUUCUGCCAAGGAGAUGCAAGCUCUGAUGGCGACCGCGGACACCGACGGCGACGGGUUUCUGGACGCAGAGGAGUUCGUGAGGUUGGUGGAAGAGACGGCCGCCGGUACUCAAGACGAAGAGGGAGACAGGUGCAGGGAGGCGUUCGGGAUGUACGUGAUGGAAGGGAGAGGCUGCAUCGCGCCACUGAGCCUGAAGCUGAUGAUGAGCAGGCUGGGCUUGCACCUGGACGUCGACGAGUGCCAGGCCAUGAUCCGCAGGUUCGACCUCAACGGAGACGGGGUGCUCACCUUCGACGAGUUCAAGACCAUGAUGAUGAUAUGA